AUGUUAAAUUAAACGAAAUGAUGAUUAUUAACAAUUUACACAAGAUAAUUUAUCUAAUUGCGAUAUUGAACGUUAACAUUCGGACAUUGAACGUUAACAUAUAAAGAAUUGAAUUUUGGCAUGAGAAAACGUUUCGUAAGGACGUGCAUGCUGUCUCAAGAGCGUAUUCUUUGCCAUAAUAAAUGCGACGAAGAAGCGAGGAUGCGAAAACUCGCUUUCAGGCCAUACACACUUGAAGCUGUUCGCUGUACGCGAAGAAAAAAGAAGAGAGCAAAGAAAGAAAGAAAGAAAGAAAAAAUAAAAGAGAAAAGAAACAAAAAAAGAAAGAAAAUAACAAAAAGAAAAAGAGUUAAAAGUUGCACUAGCGUGCAUACGUAGGUAAAAGGGAGUCGUAGUAAAUAUUCGGCGCGCUUCUUUAUUUAUGCGAUCUUCAGCAGUUUUCACCCCAUUACAACUGCCGAAGCCACCCUGAUGGAUGAAUAAAAGAAUGCGCCGCGGACUUGGUAACGAGGAGAACGAAGAAGAAGGAAGAAAACGGAGAUGAAUAAGGGUGGGGAAAGAGAAAGGAGCUGAGGGAUGAGCAGAUAAAGAGUAAGAGAAAGAGAAAAAGAAAGAGUGAGAAAGGAUGAUAGAACGUUGGCAAGGCGAGGCAGGUUGGCGAAGACGUUGGUAGGACAGACUUGAAAGAGAAGUAACGAAAAGAGAGAAAAGAAACGGCCCUGUUAACUGGAAUCGGUAGGGAGGCAAGGCGAGGCGGAUAAUCACGAAGAGAGAGAUGGGCAGAAGCAGGCAGAGACAGGUGCCCAUUCACGCACGUGUGUUCUCUUUUAAGCGGUACUGUAGAUGAUGCUGGAAAGACGAAGAAGACCACGAGGAGGACCGGCCGGCUUCCUUGUGUCGGCGAAGGAUACUUACAUUCACUCUACAAUCAUGCCACACUUGCGGCUCAACGAACAUAGUGGGGCAAAACUCCAACGGCGUAGUCUUCAUGAUCCGACUUUCACAGAAAAUUUUACAUGUCUACUUCUCAUGCCUGCUAGAAAUUAAGACUUUUGCGAAGACUGCAUUGUGACUACGCCGCUGACCUGGACCAAAGGGGCCAGGACGAACGAUGGGUGGGAAAAGAAAUGAAGAAGGGGAAGGGCUACCCAUUCGGUAGCAAAUGCUGGUAAGCCGUCGCAAGGUCAAGAUCAGUUGGUUAAUCUCAGCCAGUCAACCAAGGGCCUUGCACCUAGCAUAACGAACGACCUGAUUCUUAACGCUCUGAACGUCAUCUGAAUUUCUACGAGUUUAUUGUAAUUAAAACGCUUUGAUAUAGUGAUUCCAAAAUAGAUAAAUAUCAAAUAGAAUCAAAUUUACUUCGAAUUACAGUGAAUAAUUAACUAAAUGAUAAUAAUCUAUUAUUUUGUGAUUGUUACUUGAUGAAUCAGUGAAUCGAUGAAACAGAUCAUUUUAGAAAUUUAUUGAUUAUGUUGAUCGAUCGACGAUCUUACGUUUAUAUAUAUAUGUAUGUUUAGAAUAAUCAGAAUUCUAACGUAAGUUUUACGUGCUAUCAUUAUCGAUCUGAUUAAAAUAAAAAAAAUAAAGCAGGUUGGAAGAUUUUUGCUAUCGUUUGCUCUUUAGAAGGCACGGAAUUAUUCUCUGUGCGUAAGGAACUUCUACGUGCAGUGUUUACGGUAGAAAUUUGAACAGUGGUGAAAUUCUUCAGUCCAUAUUCUGUGGGUUUUCUGUUAUGGAAACUUGCGUACUAAUACCGAAAGAGUUCUCUUUAGUUCUUGCCAGUGAUCAAUCCGCAUGCAAAAAUGUUUAUAAAAAUGAUUCGGAUUCAUUUGUCACAAAUUUACGAAUAUCGGUGUGGUCUAAUGUCUUCAUUCCAUUGGGCACACUCAUCUAUCCGUUUCAGGGGUCAAUUAGAUUCGAUAAGAUUGAUCUAUAUUCCCUUCUUGAUGAUAACGACAUCAGACGCGAGUACGGUUGCUAUGACGAAGUCUUUUCGAACUACAAUCUUAACAAGCGUCAGUGUAACUGGAUAAGGUUUCUUCAUAUCAUUCAAACGGAUGACGAACAAGUUAAUCUUAUUGGAACAAAGGUAAAGGGUGAACCAAUUUUUGAAGUUAUCAAAGAUGUUCAGCCAGAUACUGAAUUAAUAGCUUGGUUUCCACCAGUAACGUAUCCAGAUUUUAUUUUUAUUUCCCAUGAUAUGUGUUUAAGAUCCGCACUUUACAGAUGUUUGAUCGACAGUAUCGUAGAUGAAUCACCUUUGGAUCUAUCCAUGGCUUUACUUUCUCAUCACAUAUCACCAUCGAUACAGCAUUCUUAUUAUGAACCUGAUGAAUAUGAAUCAACCUCUGAGGAAUCAUCAUCAUCUACGCUAUCGUUAGUUAGUGAUCAUCUUGAUUGUAGUAUUUUAACUACUAUAAAAAGAGGUGACAAAGUACUUUUGCCAUGCGAAGUAUGUGGUAAAUCUUUCGAUCGUCCAUCACUCUUGAAAAGGCAUACCAGAACGCAUACUGGAGAGAAACCACACGUUUGCAUGGUAUGCAGUAAAGGUUUCUCAACAUCAAGUUCUCUAAAUACUCACAAGCGUAUUCAUAGCGGUGAAAAACCUCAUCAGUGUCUUGUAUGUGGCAAGAAAUUUACAGCAUCUUCGAAUCUUUAUUAUCAUAGAAUGACUCACAUCAAGGAAAAACCACACAAAUGUUUACAAUGCUCCAAAUCGUUCCCAACUCCUGGAGAUCUAAAGAGUCAUAUGUACGUGCAUAACGGAUUAUGGCCAUUUAGGUGUCAAAUUUGUAACCGUGGAUUCAGCAAGCCAACAAAUCUAAAGAAUCAUAUGUUAUUGCAUCUUGGAAGAUGUUCGAAUAAGAAGUUCAUUGAAUCGAUUCCAGACUUGUGACUUUUUGCGACAGUAUACUAAUCACUAGUUACAUAGUGAGAAGCACCGGAACCGCCACCGCUGCCAAGUCCCGCUUUUGUAUCUAAAGGUAUUUGCUUUUGGAAGCAGUCUUCCAAAAAUUGAGCCAUAGAUAAGUACAAGUGUCCUUUUACACCUGUUAAAGUAUGGCUCACAUCUGGAUAUACCUAAUGUAGUAAAGAAAAAGAAAAAAUAACAAAACAUCAAACAUUUAGUACAUUUUGAUUUUAACUCUAGAUACGUAGACCUGUAUGCCAUUCGAUAAAUUCACAUCACAUAUUUUAUGUGAAAAAUAAUUUUUUAGAAAUUUUUAUUAUUGAAUAAUAUCUUUUUCAGAGCGUUAUAGUUUUAUUCAAUAUAUGCGAUACAGAGUAGAACGUAUCUAAGAGUUAAUAUUUAUAGAAAUUAUCUUUUAAGCGACAGCCGAUAUCUAUCGAGUUCUCAUUCAAUAUUACAUCAAUUUAAUAAUAGAUUUAAUAUACAUAUGUAUACACACACACACACACACACACACACACACACACACACAUCUAUACAAAU